GGGAGGAGCGAGCAAGAUUGAGGUGGAAGCUGGGCCUCUGAAGGACACAGGGUGUUCUAAGAAAGGGGCGACGGGGCAGAUCUGUGUUCACACACACGCCCAUGUGAAUUCACUCUCAGACGUCUCCUCGUGUCAGCACGCAGCACGCUGCAUGCCAGCACGCUCUGAUAUUGACACAAAGGGCCACGGAGUCACCACGCACUCCACACACACUCACCCUGUGCCCACUUACCCAGGGAGGGCCAGGAAUGAGGACGCCACUGUGGCUCAGUGAUGGUGCCAAGACACAGGUGAACACUGUAAAAUGUGGAUGCCUGGAGGCAGCCCACACCCUGGGCCUUGGCUGGGAGAAAGGUUCCAGAAAGGUCAUCACAACGAUGCAUUUCAUCAGAACUGAGCACAUGAAUAGGGAGGGGCAGGACUUCCUGAAUGUCUCAACCCCACUGUCCCACCCUCUGUGUCAAUAUGAGGCUGCUUUAUAAAGCACCAAGAGGCUGCCAGUGGGACAUUUUCUCGGCCCUGCCAGCCCCCAGGAGGAAGGUGGGUCUGAAUCCAGCACCAUGACGGAACUGGAGACAGCCAUGGGCAUGAUCAUAGACGUCUUUUCCCGAUAUUCAGGCAGCGAGGGCAGCACGCAGACCCUGACCAAGGGAGAGCUCAAGGUGCUGAUGGAGAAGGAGCUACCAGGCUUCCUGCAGAGUGGAAAGGACAAGGAUGCCGUGGAUAAAUUGCUCAAGGACCUGGACGCCAAUGGAGAUGCCCAGGUGGAUUUCAGCGAGUUCAUCGUGUUCGUGGCUGCAAUCACGUCCGCCUGUCACAAGUACUUUGAGAAGGCAGGACUCAAAUGAUGCCCUGGAGAUGUAGAUUCCUGGCAGAGCCAUGCUCCCAGGCUUCCCAAAAGCGUUUGUUGGCAAUUAUUCUCCUAGGCUGAGCCUGUUCAUGUACCUCUGAUUAAUAAAUGCUCAUGAAAUGA